AUUUAUUUUCAUUUCCAACAAGCUAGCAGCUCUCUGUGCAGGAACGAAUGAGCUUUUUCCUGCAGCCUAGUGCUUUUGUUUCUCGCUAAGUUCGACAGGCGAAACGAAUGGAUCGCGCAACUGGUUACAUGGCAGACGAUUCUCUCCCUUUCGCCGCUGGCCGUUUUUACGGCGCAAAGGCCGCUGUACCCGACGCAACCCGCGUCUUUACGUCGAGUUGCGACGUCGCGGAGCUGCGGAGCCGAGGGGAGACUUCUGCGCGCGCGGAAACUUGCGCUUGCGCGGAUAAUUCCGCGCACGACGAUCAUGCGGCGUGGAACGUUGCGGAGUCAGACCUGGAGGCUGUCUGCUCCAUGGAUCGCUCGUUUUCGCACAGGCGACGAUUCGCUUGCGACGGCGUCGCAGGGAAUUCGCACGGCGAUGUGGGCGACUGGGAGGACGACGGGAUGACGGAAAGCGACGAAGGCGUCGACGAGAGCGUGUGCGACACCGCAUGCAGCAGGCCUUGCCAAGGAAACGCGGAGGAUAGCAGCUGGGAUAGCCACGAUCCGAUCGAGCGGGCAGAGACAAACAUUUUCGCGUUGGAGAUGAUGAGGGCCGAAGCCAUCCGGAUUUUGUCCCGGGCACAAUCGCAAGGAAUUCUGCCCGCGAUUCUUUCUCCGGAGGAACAAUCGGCGCUCGUCGCGAUGCUCUUAAAGCCCGUCAGCGACUCCGUCGUCCCGCACGCCGCUUCCCUCUCGCGGACCCUCAGCGGCGUCAGCUCUUAUGCGACCGCGGUUUGCGCGACUGCGGCUUGCGACACCGUCGCUUUCGCCCCCGCGACUCGCGCGACUGCGGCUGAGACGGCAUCGGCGUGUCGCCUAGCGACGUCUGUAGUCGAGAGGGUCGUAGAGUCGUCGCAUGUUUCCGGCGAAUCCGGCGCCAGUUGCGGAGCCGCAUUCACGGACCCUUAUCUCGGACUCGGCCCCGCGCUUGACGCGGAAAUCGCGGCCAUGGCUUCCGACGAGCUGGAGGUUCUCGACAUGGAUAUUAUUCUGGAGUUAGAUGAGGUAGUCUCUGGUACACUAACCCACGCCUGAGCUCUUCGGAUCGGGUUUCGGGAAUCGAGCCAGAUGUUUUUGUCUUCGGGGAUUUUUGCCAGUAGGAUGCCGCGCCGCUCGCACCCCAUCGAAGACUCGUCCUCGUCCGUUGAGACAUGAUACAUGGCGACUACGCAUAGCUAGGCCUCUGGCUGACCCUCUGCAUAGCUUCCACAUCGCCCCCCCCAUCAGUUGCUCACCCUGAUUUGUUGGAACAUGUUAGCUUGUAAUAUCUCCAUGUGUAUGGGUGCUUAUAAGGAGUUUUCUAUUAUUUAG